AUGGGGAAAUUGGACCCUGAUUCGGAAAUUAAUGAGGAAAAGGAAAGUGUUAGUACAGAAAACACAGAAACAGACUUUACCUCACCUGAAGAGAAAAAGACUGAGGCCAAGACUAUAGAGAAAGAAGAGCUUGAAUUAAUAAACAAACCUAUGAGUAAGCUAGAAGAUAGUAAUGAUUCAAACUUAUCAGAAACAGAACUAACUACUCAAACACCAAUAGAGGAGAAUGCAGAAAGACCAAUACCCGAAAAAAGAGUAGAAUCUAUUAAUAUACUAGUAUUCCAGUACCAAAAGAUGACUAAAAAGAGAAGACAGAAGUUAGCCUUCUCUGCUCAGUACGUUGAGUAUGAAAAUACAUACUUCAUUUAUACUCACCCUACUCUUGGAAGUCAUUUCACUAUGGAAAAGUUAAGGCUAAGAGAAGCCAUCUAUUGGACUAAUUUCAGAGGAUACCAACUUGUUGCCAAUAAUCCACUUGACCUUUUGACCCUACAGAAGUAG